GCAGAAAAGAUGGCGCUUCUGUCAUUUUCACAUUAUGGUGUGGAGAUAAUACUAUGUCAUGUAGUCAUAAAUUUUCUUGUAUUUGAAUUAGUUGAAAACUCCAACUAAAAAAAUGCAGAUUUCAUCUGACAAGUUAUAUUAAACCUUACAAGGAAGGUGAACUAAAAUCAAGAUGAUUUGCACAGUUGUGUUAAGUAGAUUUUCCAAAUCUUGGAAAUUGCACACAAGUUUUGUGGCGAUGUCUUGUCCAUUUAUUUCCUGUCGAUGCAAAUAUGAAAUUGCUCAGUCGACAUCCAUGCACUUAUUGACUAGAACAUGGCAUUACAAAAUUAUAUCUGGCCCUGCAUCUAAAGUAAUUGUUUCCUUGAUAAAGGAACAGAACUGUAAGUAUUGGAAGUCGAAAGGAAGCUUCACUGGACUAAAUACUCUCAAUGACAGGUUAUAUUACAGGUUUAAAUCCACUUUUACCAAAGACAGGAAUAGUCUAGGAAGUUCAACAAUAUUAGUUCAGGAUGGCCUUGAUAUUCAGGAGCUUCCUGUGAUUGUGAAAAAGACAAGUGAUGUGCUAGCUGUAAUUGGAUGCACACCUGAUAGGUCUGAAAACAGUUCUGUGCUGGAAAAUAAAAAUCUAAAGAAAGACAGAAUUGAUACAGACCUUUAUUCUUAUCUUUCUAAGAAUAAAGAAAGAGUUGAGCAUAAGAAAAUAGAACAAAGUGAGAGUGAUUUUAUGAAAAUACGAACAAAUUUAGAAGCUUGCUUAUGCAUGAAGCAGUUGAUGGCAUACCUUCAAAAUCUGCCUUUGAAAGAAGUGUCUUCAGUUGUAGCAUUAGCUGUUCUAGAACGACUGAUUGACUUGCAGGGUGUGGGAUUAGAUAAAAUAUCUCUCAAAGAGUUUUCUGUGGAAAACUCUGUUCAUUCUGUUAUUAUUUAUAGGCUGUGUGAACUUGUAUGUGGUUCUGAAGACAUUAGUGCUAUAUUGGCAGGUUUAGGCUGUGUACUCAGGGGAAGGAUGGCUGAUGAAGAAAGAAAAAGGUACAUAGAGUGUUUUGUACAGGAUUGUCUUUAUCAAGUUAGUGAUGGCAAACUGAAUAUUCUACAAAUCUGUGAACUGGUAAAUCUGUUACAUAGGGCAGGUGGUGAUCAUCAGGCUACAGUUGACAAACUGUGGUCUAGUAUAGUUGACUCUGCUAAGUACAUUAAUGAAAAGAACAUUUUAACAGUAUUUGGAAUCUUGCCAUGUUUUAAAACAUCUCAGGUAAUCAUUCUAAGAACUUUGACAAAACAGGUAGAGUUAUGCUCUUUAAAACUAACCGGAACUCAGGUAGCUCUUAUUUUACAGAUUGUAUCAAAUUUACGACAGAGACCUUAUAAGCUGCUGUCUGUGUUAACAAAGUGGACAAAUCUUAAUCUGCAUACAUUAAGUGAAAAAGAAUUCAAAGAUAUCAUUAGAUUUAUGAACAGAAUGAAGUUUCGUGAUAGUGGUCUUGAUAAUGCUCUUGAACGAUACAUGAAGACUAAAGGAUUGAAGUGUCAGAACACUGGAAUUGUAAGAGUAGUUUCUGAGUAUUGUGCACUUUUCAGGUGGAGGAAUACAAAAGUUUUGGAAUGUUUGGCAGCUGUUUUUAUCAAACAUGGUAAAAAGAUGCCUCCAGAGAACAUAGAAAGUAUUGUAAAUCUGUUUGGACUUCUUAAUCAUCAACCACCUUAUGCUUUUGAAUUUUUUGAAAAUUUGGAGAAUGUGCUUUUGGAGAGAUUUGCUGAUUUCAAACCUCAAAGUAUAAUAGAGAUUCUGAUGUCUUGCAUUUAUUUACAGCGUUAUCCAUUGAACUUUGUGAAAAAAGUUAUUAGCCCAUUUUUCUUAGACAGACUUAAUGCUUGUUUAGCUGAUGCUGAACUUCGUUGGGCUCAUAGUAGGCUGAAAUUGUUGGAUGCUGCUCUUACACUAGAAUGCCAUCAGUACCGUGGACCAUUUUUUCCAAAGAAUUUGUCUGCUAAGAGUUUACAUAAAGAUGGUCGGUUAGUGAAGUUGAAAACUAGUUUAAACGAUUGCUUCAGUGAGUUGUUAGGAGGAGAGGAUCGAUAUAAGUUUUCCGUUGUGAUUCCUAGACUCCCACUGUCAGAUCUGUAUAUCAUAGAUUAUCUCUUUCAUCUGAAUAAAGCUGGAUGUCCAUUACCUUUAUACUCUGUUUCUGGAAUUUACAAAAGGGUUGCUGUCCUUGUGCAUUUACCAGAACAUUACUGUCUGAAUACUGAUCAUCUUAUUGGUCCACAAUCCACAAGGGAGCGUCACCUGCAUCUUCUCGGCUAUGAAGUUGUUCAUUUAAAUUAUGAGGCCUUAAACAGGCUGAGUUCUCAGACAGAAAGGCUGGAUUAUCUAAAGAAACAACUUGUAUUUCCUUUUAAUUCUUCAGCAUCAUAACAUUAGUUUUGUAAAUGUGACUUAAAAUGUAAAUAUUUUAGAAAUUUUAAUAUAUGUAAAUAUAUAUUGCUUCUUAAAUAAAUUAAAUUUAGGCAUCUGGACACAUGUUUUUUUAAUUUCUUAGAAAAUUAAGAUAAGAUUAUUGUUGUGCAGGAAGGUUUAAACUCUAGUUUUUACAGAUUAGGAUUCUCACUGUGGUAUUCAAGGAUUAAAACAUUUAUUUAUUUUUCUUACCAUUAAAUUAUGUAUGUUCAGACUAAAACUAAAUAACUUGUAAUAUAUUAUCCACUCUGUUUAAUUAUUUUCAGAUAGGUCACGAAUGACUUAUUGAUUAGCACUUUUUAACUGUGAAUCCAAGGAUUUGUGGUUUGGAUCCCUUCAAAACAUACACAACACUUUGGGGCCAUAGGUGAACUAUAAGUGAUGGUCAGAUCAUACUAUUUGAUCAGACAAAAGUAGCCUAAGAACUAGUGAAGAGUGUUUCCUUCUAGUCUAUAUUUUAAAUUAGAGAUGGCUGUUCACACAUAACCUUUGUCUAGCUUUGUAUGAAAUUCUGAAGCAAUCUUUACAUAGAGUAUUGAAAAUCAUUUUUCGUAGACAGUGUAAUUCAUGACCUUCAACAAAUAUGUGAACAUGAUUCAGGUUUUUUUUUUCUAUCCUUAUAUCAGGUAGUCAUAUCUGGAUGUAAGAUAUGAAAUAACAAAUAAAAUGAUAUGAUGGAAACAUGAAUUGUUAAUUUUUGUUUAGCUAUUCCCACUGGAAUAGACUAUAAUGUUUGAUUAACUACCCCCACUUAAACAGACUAGUUUUACCAAUUUUAUGGCUCAUGAGUGUUUAUUAGAAAAGAAAUGCAAAUAGAGUAAUAAAGUGGUGGAAUUUAAUCAGUUUGUUUGGUUUAGAUGUAUUGAAAAUGAGAAUAUUGUGGAAUAUGUAAAUAAAAUUGACAUUAUGUUAAGAACAUGAUUUAUCUAGGAAUAAUUUAAAUAAAAUGCAUGUAUAUAUAUACAAUGAAGGUAACCAUCUGAAAAAUUUAAUAUAUGCCAAGAGAAAUACUUAGAUUGGCAUAUUUUUCUAUUGUGGAA